AUGCCACAAAAUGAGUAUAUUGAAGAAGCAAUUAAAAAAUAUGGAAGAAGGCUGGAUUAUGAGGAGAGAAAGCGUAAGAAACUUGCACGUGAAGCUCAUAGUUCUUCAAGUUUUGCAAAAAAAGUUCAUGGAAUAAAAGCCAAAUUAUAUAAUAAGAAACGACAUGCAGAGAAGAUACAAAUGAAAAAGAAGAUUAAACAACAUGAAGAAAAAUCUUCUAAACAAAAGGACACUCAAGCACUUUCUGAAGGUGCUAUUCCAACAUAUUUGAUGGAUCGUGAGAAACAACAAAGAGCGAAAAUAUUAUCAAAUAUGAUAAAACAAAAACGAAAAGAAAAGGCGGGGAAAUGGACUGUUCCAUUACCUAAAGUUCGUGGUAUUGCAGAAGAUGAAAUGUUUAGAGUAUUUAGAAAAUUUGAUUUUUUAGCAAAACAAUGGAAACGUAUGGUAACAAAGGCAACAUUUGUUGGUGAUGGUUUUACUAGGAAACCUCCUAAAUAUGAAAGAUUUAUUAGACCGAUGGCUUUACGUUAUAAAAAGGCACAUGUUACACAUCCUGAAUUAGCAGCCACUUUUCAUUUGCCAAUCAUUAGUGUUAAGAAAAAUCCUCAAAGUCCUUUAUAUACUCAACUCGGUGUUAUAACUAAAGGAACAGUUGUGGAGGUUAAUGUUUCAGAAUUAGGACUUGUAACAACAACAGGAAAAGUUGUAUGGGGAAAAUAUGCUCAAGUUACAAACAAUCCCGAAAAUGAUGGAUGUAUUAAUGCAGUUUUACUAGUAUAA